AUGUCAGCAUCCAAUACACAAAAGACCAUCCUGGUUUUUGGCGCCACCGGCAAGCAAGGCGGUGCUGUCAUUGACAAUAUCCUCUCCAACUCGCCUGACUCUUCCUUCCAUAUCAUCGCUGUCACCCGCGACGCUACCAGCCGCAAAGCUCAGGCUCUUGCGACCAAUCCCAAGAUAUCUGUCAUUGAAGGUGAUCUGGACAACGUUGGUGUAAUCUUCGCCAAAGCCGGCCCGGUAUGGGGCGUCUAUAGCGUCCAGGUCAAUUCAGACGCAGAAGAACAGCAAGGCAAAGCUGUCGUCAAUGCCGCUGUACAGCAUGGUGCUCAGCACUUUGUCUACUCUUCCGGAGAUCGCGGUGGACCUGAGCGAUCCCCCAAUAAUCCAACCUACGUCAAAAACUUUGCUGCGAAAUAUGCCAUCGAGAAACACCUUGAACAGCAGGCGCGCGACAGCGCGCAGCAGAUGACAUACACUAUUCUUCGGCCGGUAACCUUCUUCGAGAAUAUCACGACUGAUAUUCACGGAAAGGGCUUCGCGCGUAUGUGGGAGCAGAUGGGAAGUAAGAAGCUCCAGAUGGUGUCGACCAAAGACAUUGGUUGGUUUGCGGCUCAGAGUCUGAUCUGGCCAGAGAUGUACAAGAAGGCGGCAUUGACGCUCGUGGGUGAUGAGCUCACGCAGCGUGAGGCAGAUGCUAUCUACUAUGAAGUCAUCGGUCAAAAGAUGGCUCUGGCGCCUUGUCCGGUUGCGAGUGCUGUCAAGUUUGUGUUGAAAGGGUCUGUUGGUGAUAUGUUCAAGUGGUUUGCAGAUGAGGAGUCACUUAGCCUCGAGGCCGGUCAAGGCGUGUACGGAGUCAAGUUGCGAUGUGAUUCUAAGGAGAAGUUCCCCGAUCCGUGCUCUCGGUGCAAUGCAAGACAUUUGUUCUGCACGGUGGACGCCACUUUCAAGAGGACGCCGGCGAGAAAGCGUUUGGAGGCUAUGAGCAAGGAACUUCAAGAACUGCGCAGCCAGACUCAUCGUACAGAGGAUCAAUUGGCAACUGGAUCGAGCUCUAAAUCUGAGAGCAGGUCGCCGGCGUCCCAGGAUGAAGGUGUAGAUGACUUUGAGCUUACAUCGUUUACCGUGAGCUUGGCUGGGGUAGUCGUCGACUCUUCCACUGCGACGGAGACCUUCAUGAUUUUUGCCGAGUACAUGCGUCCUCGACUCCCGGUGGUCGCCUCGCUCUCAGCCCAAGCAGCCUAUGAGAACCAGCCCUUUCUCUUCUGGACAAUCGUCACAAUUGUACUCUCUCGAUUACCCGAACCUGAGAACAUUGCCUUAUUCCAGUUGCUUCGGGCGCCAUAUGAGAGAUUGGUACAGGAGACUGUAACUGAUGCGCCACUACCACUGUACAAAGUCCAGGCUUUGUUACUUCUCUGUAACUGGCCAUUGCCUACAGAAAAACAAUGGAAAGAACCCAGUUGGCUUUACUGUGGUGUUGCUAUCCAAGCUGCUCGGUAUCUGAGUCUUGAUCGUCAGCAAACUAUUCCAUCUCUUCGUGUUAUUGGAGUCACAUCCGGCAGCAUUCGGUCAAGAAUCAACACUUGGCUGUCAUGUUUCAGUGUUUCGACAUCACUGAGUUUACACCUGGGCCUCCCUUGCCCCAUUGAAUCGGAGCUGGACUUUGCUGCGAUUCAUGCAUUUUUGAAACGGCAAACCGUACCGCCAGCCUUUGCGAUUGAAGUUCGUAUCCAACUAGUCGUCGCAAAAUUCACAGCGUUACUCAACCAUGAGCUGUUGGACGGCACGAGUUCAUCUUUCCUCCGCUUGUUUGACACUGAACUUGAAGCAAUAAAGAACGAGAUACUUCCAGAUGAAGAAACGAAGAGCAUAGUUGAAUACGCAAUCCUAGACGCCAAAAUACACAUAUACACACUUGUAAUCACGAAAUCCCCAGCAAACUCAUCAUCUCGCCAGAUCCUUCUUCGAACAGCACGCGAUAUAGCCCUAAGAAUCGUUGAGAUCGGAACACGCGCCAUUCGUACCAACCCCGAAAACAUCACCUUCAUCCGGCGCGAAAAGUGCCAACCGAAAGAUCGCCACAGAUGUUUGGGGUUCUCAACAAUCUUUCUCCUCAAAUUCUUCAUUCGCCAGAGUUCCGAUGGUCCUGAAGAGCGACAGAUAGUAGCGAAUCAUGUCGCUAUGACACAAACGCUGUGUAAAGCAUGUACGAUUGAUCCAAAAGAUGAGUUCAGUCGGAUUGUGAGUGUGUUUGAAGCACUCGGACGGGAGACUUCAAGAGAGGAGGAUAAAACGAAAUUGGUACUUAAUCAUAGAAUGGGCGUUUCUUUGAUGUUUGAUGCUGUUAAUACAGCAGGAAAGAUACGAGGCAAGCCUGUUGAGGUAGAGGAAGGGAAUGGGGGAACGGCUGAGGAGAUAACGACAGAGACGGUGCAGGAUCAUGGGGAUAUGAUGAGUCAAGUGGAUGGAAAUCCAGAGUUUUUGAAGAGUUUUUGGAGUGAUCCGUACACAAGCUUGCUUCAGUUUGACCCAACGUCACUGGAGGGCGAUUACCCAAACACCUGGUAA